AAGACGUCCACUGCAGCCGGCGGGGCCCCCCAGGCGCUGACCUGGCAAGAGCAAUCAAGAAUCCUGGAACUGCCCGUAUCCCACGACACUUGUCACACUUUUCCGCCCUUCACAGCCUGAACAAACACUUCUCCAUGGUGAGGUACAAAUCCCAGACCGACUGUCACUUUUUCAACACAAACAGUCUCGUCUUGGCUAACAUGACUAUUUCCUAUUCUCACAAAAUGCUCGCUGCUUUUACGAACCCUUCAAUAACCGUGAAAUUCAUUGACUGCCCAUCAUCUCCUAUUCCUUCAGCUAAAGCAGCGACAAGAUCUCAGCCUCGUCAACUCCCAUCACAGUCUCUCACGAUGUCUCUUUCUCUUCCUGUCCGCUCAGCACCUCUCGUCCUCUCACCCGGCUUUCUCUUGCUCUCGUACGAAGUUCGCCAGGCGAUAUAUCAAGCAAUAUUCGUCCAGGACCACCCAAUCUUCCUCCUGUCCUUCAAUGGCCGCCUUGUCUCCAAAUACCCAGAAGACGUCAACCUCGCUGCGCUUGUACUCUGCAGACAAGUCAGUGAGGAGGCUUUGCAGGUACUCUACACCGAGAAUUACUUCAUCCUCCACUGGGGCAAAUUCUGCUAUGGACCUCCUGUCAAUCAGAUCUUCAGCCAAUCGCUCAGAUACCUCGAAGUCGACUGCACUGUCGGCUUGGAGCCUCAACUCGUUGUCGUGAUCGACCCACGUACGGUCUGGGGCUACCCAGAGCGAAUUCGCAACCUCACAGCCAAUCUGCCCGCCCUCGGAGAGCUAUUCUUCGGCUUUGACCACGUCGGGAUGCUCCUCGCCGCCGCCCUCGAUAUAUCAAUGGCUAUUCCUCGCUGUACAACCCUCCUCAACACCCCCGAACUCAGCCUGCGUGUCUGGUUUCUCAGAGCGCCACACACCCGCGAAAAAUCACCUCAGCACCAUGCUCUCAACGAGUUUUUUGGCCGUCAAGGAUCUCGGUUGAUCGACAUGCUCGUCCACCGUGCUACCAGUCCAGCCAGCAACGUUGGCCUCAUGCUGACCGCCAGUCACACCCCGUCUCUCCGCCGAAUUGUCCUCAACGGACCCAUGAUAGGCAACUUGAUGCCCAAACUCCUCCAGCACCGAUGCACGCUCGGCGACUGCGGCUUCUCAAUCAUCAACAACGGCGUCAAUCCUGCGGUGUCGGACCAGACAUACACCGGCCGCUAUGUGGACCUCGUCUGGGGCUAUAGAGGUCCUCCACCAGGUGCACAACGAGUUGCGGAACCAGAUAUGCGUCCGUGGCACGCCCAGCUCAAGGACCAUGAGAAGAAAGAGGUGGUUGAAAUGCAGGGGUACACCGAGCCUGCUUUCCCGGCUAUCGCCGAUCCGCCAAUAACCAAUCUCGCUGCUUUAUGGCCAGGUUGGACCAGUGCCGGUGUGUCGGCAACCCUGCUCAACGAAGCAUUCACCAGGAUUGUAUGAGGGAGGCAUGGACAACGGGGGUCGUUCGGACAGGAAAAGGACGACCAGUGCAUCGCUGGACAGCAAUUUGCUCACAACGAUGACAGCGACCGUCAUCAA